CCCGCUCUCGCCUUCUCUCCUCUCCCUUCCAUCACAAUGCCCCCUCCCCACCCCUUCCUAGAAUGCUCACCUCUGGCAUCGGUCUUCUACCGCAAACGAGACAUAUAUUCGCUAGCAUGGGGCCAUUCCGACCUGUCCCACUUCAUCGUUGCUGCAGCCUCCAAUGGCGGGUACGUGGCCCUCACUCGGGACCCGAGGAGGCUAAUCGCGUUGGGUAGGGGAGCCGCCGUCAAGCCAAAGGUCAUGGUCUACACCGCGGCGGGGCAGCUGGUGGAGAGCAUACCAUGGGACCCAUCAAAUCGAAUCGCCGGCAUUGGCUUCUCAUCGAAUGAUGAGCUGGCAAUCGUUCUCGACGAGGGCAUUCUCCGCCUUUAUACACUCCAAGCGCCCUGUCCCGCCACGACUUCCACCACUGCAUCCUCCUCCUCUACGCCUGAGUCCCUCCCGACCCCAGUGACAGCAACGUGCUUCUACACGCAGCACUCGCUCGGCCAAGAUGCAACAGAGACGGGCGUCGUCGAGGCGCGCAUUUGGCAACAUGGUGUGGUAGCCUUGACAGGGGGCGGACGAUUCGUCGACUUCCGCUUCCCAUCAGUCAAUCACGACGAAGGGCUCUUAUGGGAUGAGUACUCUCGUCCACCACAACCGCAGCUCCUCCCUCACUUCGCGCCGACCGCCAAUACGCAGCUAGGCCCGCAAAUCCCAACAGCAUGGUCCUUUGUCCCUCCAACGAGCUCUGCCUCUGGCGUUCUUGAGAUCCUUCUCUCCCCGCCACCCCUUCCCGACCCACGCGGACAGAGCAAUGGCACCACCCCUCCCCCACCUGCCUACGAAGCAGGCACCCUCCUCACCCUCGACUCCAUCUCAGCUUGCACAGAUGCCCGUUUGUCGCGCGGCCCUUUUUCCAGCAUCUCUCCUUCGCCAAACGGGAAGCUCUUGGCACUCGUCUUGCAGCGAGACAAGAAGCUCUGGGUCGUUUCGGCAGACUUUCAAAGGAGCUUGAGCGAGUUCGACUUGACGGAGUGCGAGGGGUAUCAGGAGGCCGUUCAAAACGGCGAGGAAGCUGCGCAAGCAGGCAGCAUUGCUGGAGUAGCAGGACUACGCCAAGCGGAAUGGUGUGGCAACAAUACUGUCGCCCUCGCCUUCACCAACGCCUCUGUGGUCCUCGUCGGACCUUUUGGCGACUCGAUAGUCUACAACUAUUCAGAAACGAGCGGAGUGCACCUCGUGGCCGAAUCAGACGGGGUGAGGGUGCUUAGCGCUGAUCGGCACGAAUUGAUACAAAAGGUGCACGAGGCGACGGCGAUGGUGUUCAGGCCGGGCAGCAGUGACCCUGCUGCACUGCUGCUGGACGCGAGUGAGCAGUUGAGCGCCCCCUUAUCAGGAGGAAGACACGGCGACAAAAGCGGGGACAAGUCCUCCACCACGCGAGCGGAUGAGGCCUUGCGCGCCAUCUCUUCCUCCCUACCCCAAGCCGUCGACACCUGCAUUACCGCUGCGAGCCACGAAUGGGAGCCAGCGUGGCAACGGCGUCUUCUCCGUGCUGCGGCACUGGGCAAGAGCUUCCUUGAUGCCGGCGUGGGCUAUGACUCAACGCGCUUUGUAGAGACAAGCAGGCGCUUGAGGGUAUUGAAUGCUGUCAGGGCCUAUGAGAUUGGAGUGCCGGCUAGUUGGGAGGAGUUCGCUGGGGAGGAGGGAGAAGUAGACGGGAUGGAGGCGCUUGUGCGCAGGUUGACGGCCCGCAACCACCACCUUUUGGCUCUGAGGAUCGCUGAGCACCUUCGCCUCCGGCCGGACGCCAUUCUCAAGCAUUGGGCGCGAGCCAAAAUCGCGCGAAGCACCGCAGCCGCAAGCGCUACAGCAGCAGGGACAGGCGCCAGUCGCACCGCUCGUGGAGCCCAUGGUGACGAUGCGGCCUUGUGCUCUCUGAUCGUCCGCAACUUCACCUCCCGCACCCAUUCCAGCGUCUCCUACUCGUCAAUUGCGUCAUGGGCCUACACGGCGGGCAGAGUCCGGCUGGCGACCCGGUUGCUAGAUCAUGAGCCUCGAGCAGUGGACCAAGUUCCCCUCCUGUUGAAGAUGAGCCAAGAUCGCAGAGCAUUGGAGAAGAGUGUCGAGAGUGGAGACACAGACCUUGUUUGGCAUGUUCUGCUCAAGCUGAAGGCGCAGUUGGGUCGCGGAGAAUUCUUUCGCGUGGUGCAGCGUCCUUGGCAAGAGGACGACGAUGGAGACGACCCAGGAAAAAAGGCGGCGACCGCGGCGUCGCGCAGAGCCUACGCCAGCUUGGCCGUAAGCCUACUGGAGGUUUACGCGCGGGAUUUCGACCCGGACCUCUUGCGCGACCUCUACUUCACGGACGACCGGCGCCUCGACUCUGCUAUCCUUGACCUCGAGUUCUCAACGACCAGCUCUGACCUCCCCGCCCGUCAGUCUCAUCUCAGCUCAGCCUCCAAGCUCCUUAGCGAGGACAAGGCUCACAGCACUGACUCGAAGCUGGUGGACGAGGCCUCCCGCCUGCUAGCAUUCCAGGCACAGCUGGAGAAGGAAGAUGGCGGAACUGGCCGCACGCCGUGGGCGGGCCUGAGCCUGCACGCUACCUUGCGCCAUCUGUUCGUAAGACAGUGGCCUAAGAAGGCCGAGAAGCUGCGUAGCGACUUCAAGGUCUCGGAGCGGGCCUACCAGGCAGCAAGAAUAGACGCUGCCGUUUCGAGACGAGACUGGGAUGGGCUCUGGGCUCUCCUGCCUGCGAACGGGGCCCGACCAUCGGCUGCGGCAGGUGGAUACGAGGCUUUUGUCAUCAAGCUUGUGCAGGCGGGUCAGACAGGCCAGGCAAUGCGCUAUGUUGAGAGGGCGAGCCCGCUACCAGGCAGUGGAGGUGCGGGAGGACAGGCAGAAAAGGGGGACAAGACGAGACUGCGGGCGUUGCUUGGACGACUGCCGCCCAAUGUGGGGGGACAGAUGCUUGCGAGACUGGACGGACGCGGUGGGCCGUAGCAGCUUGAUACCCAGGCGCGGUGCGGCGUGGUAACGAUGGAUAAUCAGCAUUGCCAUUACACUAGAGACUGGAAAGCAUGGUAUCGGUUCGACUGUUCCUUCGGUCGUGUAGGAUCUUCAUCCUCUUUACCUCCUCGCCUCUAUCCGAUCGAGCCCAACACUUUUGUGGCCAAUGCCUUGAGCACCUCUGCCCUCUGUCCCUGAUUCAAGUCCAUGAACACGGCAGCUACACUGCGUCCUUUGGCAUCUUUGAUAGCUCCGAGGCG